UGCUGCUGUUUAAUGCGCUGUCCAGCACUUCAGCACCGAACAGAGACACAGACAAGAGCACGCUUUAGGAAUCCGACAUUGGGAGCUUAAAUGAGCUGAGCAGCGCGUCUCAACAACAAAAAACAACGGAGCGCCGCGUCAGUUCAACAAAUUGAUCAGCAGCAAGCAGAGUCCUGGGACCCGGGAAGAGGCCAUGUACGAUGGGGCGAAGGUGCCCUCUCCUCAGGAGAGUGCCAACGGGUUCUCCCAGCCCGGCGCGUCCGCCUCCUGGCCCAAACCGGAGGAGGAGGAGGCCCGCAAAGCGGAGCCGGUGCUGGCGAAGAAGGCUCACCGCGAGAUCCUCGACCACGAGCGCAAGAGGAGGGUGGAGCUGAAAUGCAUGGAGCUGCAGGAGAUGAUGGAGGAGCAAGGGUACUCUGAAGAAGAGAUCAGGCAGAAGGUGGGCACGUUCCGGCAGAUGCUGAUGGAGAAAGAAGGAGUGAUAACCCGAGAGGACCCUCAUGGGUGCCCAAUCGUCGACCGUGGGUGUGAGGAGCCCAGAGAGGACCUGCAACUGGGCGAAGACUAUGAAGAGGAAUAUGAUUGCCAUGGCGAAUAUUACGAACGGGAUUCUAUUGGUCAAGAAGAUUAUAGAAUGAAGAGGAAAUGCAGUAGCUCUUCCUCUCCUCCCCCCAAGAAGAGGAAGAAGAAGAAAUCUGGCCGCAGGAGAAGUCGUUUUGACAGCUCCUCUCCUCCCCGGAAAGAAAAGAAGAAGAAAAGUGGGAAGAAACACAAAAGAGAUAGGUCUGCUUCUGGAUCCAGAAAAAAACGGAGGUACAGAUCUGGGAGCCCGAAGAACAAACACAAAGACAAGAACAAACAAAGGAAGAGGUCUCCCCCGGACUCUCCCAGCCGGAGGUCCUACCACAGAGGCAGCUGCUGCAGCUCUCGCAGUGCGUCUCUGUCCUCAACUGGCAGCUUGCUAAAGUCUCCUAGCAGGACAAACUGUCAACACCGGGCGGACGGGCACAAGGUCUGCUGCUCCCCCUCCAGUCGCAGUGUGUCUCCUUCGCCAGGACACGCCAGUCCUUCCGCCUUGUGGCACAAUGGGCACCGCGAUGGCACCAAGAAUGGCAAGGACAGCGAGGCGAACAACCCACCGGGAGAGAAAUCGCAGGAUCUCACACACUCAUAUAUUUUGGAACUGGAACAAGUAGGUUAAUGGGUAUGUGUACUAGAUUUCCUUCAAACACCGAUGUCUGUAAGAUGACAAAUCUGUGCUACACAGUAAUAGCUUCCUACUUAGCUGGAUAAAUGAAAGCCAAACCCAUCGUCAAGUACACUUGUGAACCCCAUUUCGCACUUCUGGGUUCUAACCUGCAUGUGUCCACUAGGGGGCAGUAAUAUUUCUGUCCACUUGUCUCGUGGUGUUGGUAAAAUAUCGACAAACAAAUGUUGCCAUUACUAUACACACAAUUUUCAGCACCUUGGUUUUACAAUGUUUGUAGCUGUGUGUUCAAUAUGGAUCAUUAGGUGCAUCGCAAUCCAAUCUUUCCACUGCUACAUAACUUAAUAAUGGCCAUUAACACAUUUAUCUGGGGCCUAUUUUCUUUAAAUCUUUAUCAGUCUUUAUUUAUUUGUUUGCCUGUCAUUCUUUAACAGUUAUCAUUAGAAUUUUUGUCUUUAGACUGCAUACAUGAGUAGAGUGUAAAAACCAAAUACCCAGCAAUAUCUGUGACUAAAAUAUUUAAAAGGGACUUGAGCCACUUGAAUUGCAUCUGGUUAAAAGAAACCUGGCAUCAAUAACACAAGAUGACUCUAAAAAGAAAAGAAAAAUGUUAGUGGGAGCAACUUACCCUUGACAGAACUGUGCUUUAUUUUUGCACUUCAAAGUAAAAAAAAAGAUUUAACCUUACGUGACAACUAAAUUGAUGCAUUCUUUUUAUAUUGCACAUGAAACCUGUGCCAAACAAUGCUUUGCACUUCAUUAAUCACAAGUGGAAUUGUAGUGGAGCAGGGUGAUCAAUGUUGUUCCAUUCCAUCCCAUUCUGCUGCUAUUUUUUGUUCCAGAUUUUUACCCUUAAUUAAUUAAUCUUCCUUCGCAGGCUCACUGAAGUAAUUAAAGUUGGAGUUAAAAUGUAGUCUUCCAAUUGAAUGGAUGGAAAAGUCAGAUCCUGAUAGCCCUUUAACAUUUUUGUCCUUUCUGAUCAUCAGUGUGUCUGUAAUUGUGGAUUUAGAGAGUGAGAUUGACGCUCUGACACAAUGUGGAGGUGUUUCAAGAUUAGAGUUACUGCUGUCUUGUGAAUAUCUGAAUAAAUAUAU